AUGGAAAGAACAACGGACCUUUGGUCACAUGCACAUUGCGGGACUGAUUUGUCUCGCUCCUCAGGCUCUCACAACAGCUCCACAACAUCCAGAAUAACACCUCACCAACGGUCCACAAGUCAGCCGGCAUCAGCAACAAUGUCUUCCACUCACUGCAAGGCUUGCAAAAGCAUCCGCUGCUCUCCUGCUCCUCCCAAGAUCACUUGCUCAUGCCCCGUCACAACACUCCACGGCACAGUCACCACGGUCCACAGUACUACCGAACCAAUCAAGGCGGUAACCGUAGAACUUCGAGAUCCUACGACGAACAAUGUUACAGAUACCGUCACUACCCUUCAGCCAGCUCACGCCCCUGCUGAUCUUCCCUCGACUACCAUUGUUCGGUGCUGGGUCACGUUUCCAAGUACGCCCAAGUUGGUACGAAGCCGACAGCGACCAGUAUUCAAACACAUGAUCAUAUUCGCUUUGAGCGGCCUGAUUGUGGGAAUUAUCAUUGGCUGUUGGGGUUCUAUGGCUUGCUCUCAGAGCUUUGCGCAAAUGUGAUGCCCUGCACAAGUGGCGGCGAUAUGCUGAGAUAUUAUUAAGGAAGACUAAGAUUUGCUGGCUCUGGGUGUUUAUAGUGGUAGGGAGUGGUCGAAUCACUGUGUUUGGUGGCAUUUUGCGGGGUAACGGUGGUGUGCCCCAGUUGUCAAGGUCUUGUCGAUCAACAUCUGUACGCAUCUCGCCGAAUAAGAAAUCUCUUCAUGUUCACACUCAAGACUCAUUACUUCAAUUCCGGUUGCAAUCUAUACAUCUGCCCAAAGAAACGCUGAUCCCUGGUAAGCUCUGUCGUCUCAUACGCCGGAUAGAUUGGCCGGCCCCCGCCCACUCAACUUACGCGAGAUGGAUGUAUAUGAAGACGAUAACUGCCGGCAGCCUGAGUCUGAGCGCGUGUUGUUUGCUCCUCCUGAGGCGCUGUCGCACCAGAGCUCGGUUCCGUCGUUGAAGCUGUCAACGGGGGGCGGAAAGCGAAUAUUGAUCUGCUGGCGGAACUCAUCCCGUCCGUCUGUCUUGAAGGAACGGUCAAGCUUUUGCGCUCAGGCCUGAUCCUGUCAACAUCGUCCCGUGUUGUGCAUCCAGUUGUAUCCCAAGUUUGACACCUCGUUUAAAGCGAUGGAUGAUGCAGCAAAUAUGCAUGCAUGCAGGUAUAUAUCAGCCACUCGCUUGGUAACAUGCCGCUCCUCCCGCCAGUCACGUUGCGAGAUGGACUUUGACAAGACCAGAUUUUGCUACCGGGCGGGCUGGGGAACUUUUGUGGGUUGCUCGUGCGCACAGCAACCUUUUCCAAGAUUUCCGCC